GGGGUGGGAGAGUGCAGGACGUGUGUGAUGCGUGGGGCCGCGUGGGGCCGCGUGGCUGCUCGCUGUUCUCCUGCUGCCGGCUCCGCUCGAGCGGCACCGACGGCUGCAGGAGAGGAGGGCGAUGCUCCCCGGGCUGUGCGUGCCGCGCUCCCGCUGCCCCGCAGUUCAUUGCCAGCCGGGGAGUGCACCCAUCAGAGCCGCUGCCCGGAGCCGCUUCACGGCCCCACGGCCGGACUCUGCCCCCGCCGGGUUAACGACCCUGCGGGGAUGCCGGGGAUGGGGCUCCCGUCCGUGGACGCAGCGCGGGUCGGUCUGUCGGGCUUUCCCUGCUCCGUGUCCCCGCUGCUCCCCCCGCAGUGCUGGGGCACAGGGUGGCUGCGCGUGUCCUGGGCUCCAUCCCACCCCCGUCGGUUCCUGCCCUUUAUCAGCCCCCACUCACGGCCGUACCGGCCCCGUGCUGCCGUGUGGGCUCCUGUGCUGCGCCGUGCCCACGAGCUGCCAGCGCUGCCCCUUCCGUCGCCCCACGGCAGCUCCGUCCCGUCCCCUCUGCGCCCCGUUUCUGCCCGGUGCUGACGCUCCGUUGCCCCGGUCCGCGGUGCUGUUCGGUGCGGAGCUCCCGGCGGUGCCGGUGUGUGGAUCCCGCUCCCACCUGCCCCGUCCCGGGGCCGCCCCGCCCGGAGGGCGCGGACCCCACGGAUCCCACGGUCUGCGGGCGGCGUCCCGCUGUGUUACAGGGAUCGGGAAGUGCGUGGCCAUGGAGCUGGCCCGCAGGAACGCCCGCACCAUCCUGGCGUGCCGCAGCCGGGAGCGCGGCCAGGCGGCGUUGGAGGAGAUUCGGGCGGCCACCGGGAACCCCAACGUGGUGCUGCGGCUCCUGGACAGCAGCUCCAUGGCCUCGGUUCGGGCCUUCGCCGGGCAGGUGCUGCGGGAGGAGAAGCGGCUGGACGUGCUGGUCAAUAACGCCGCCGUCACCGGGCUGCCCUUCGGAAUCACGGCCGAGGGGCUGGAACGGACCUUCGCCACCAACUACCUGGGCCCGUUCCUGCUCACCAACCUGCUGCUGGACCUGAUGAGGGCGUCGGCGCCCGCCCGCAUCGUCACCGUGUCGUCGUUCCGGCACAGCGCGGGCAGCGCGGACGGCCGGUACCUCACCGGGCAGGAGCGACCCGGGGGCUUCGACCGCACCUACAACAGCACCAAGCUCAUGAACGUCCUCUUCAGCGCGGAGCUGGCGCGGCGCCUGCAGGGCACGGGGGUGACCGCCAACAGCCUGAACCCCGGCGUGGUGAGCACCGGCAUCAUGCGCAACUUCAGCUGGGCGCUGCGCGGCCUCUUCUUCCUCAUCAGCCCCUUCCUCAAGUCGGCGCAGCAGGGCGCCGUCAGCACCAUUUACUGCGCCGUCUCGGAGGAGGCCUCGGGCAUCUCGGGGAAAUACUUCGACAGCGACUGCAGCCUCACGCUGCCCUCCGCAGCCGCCCGGGACGCGGGGCUGGCCCGCAAACUUUGGGAGGAGUCGGAGCGGCUGACGGGGCUGAGCCCGUAGGGGCAGCGGCCCCGGGACCCCCCUUCCCGGUUGGAGCCGCGACGGGGCGGUGACGGAGCGAGCGAGCGCGGUGCGGGUGCUUUAUUAAAGGCCUCGGUGUGAGCGCUA